AUGAACGGAUUGAAUCGCCAACUCAUCACCAUUAUAAUUGUUGAGAGCUGUAAGCAGCGAACUGCUUCACUGAGCUUGUAUUUGUCUAUUCUUCCAGAGAAGCCGGAAGAAAAAGGCCACUCAGAUGAAUACGAGGACUGGGUAGACUCCCCUGACGACGACCUCUUGGAAGAAGAUGAAGGCGUUGCUCCGUUGGAUGAUGACGAUGACUAUGAUUACGAUGACGAUGGCGACGACGACGCUGAUGACGAUUACUAUGAAGACUAA